ACAAUACUGUCAAAAAUGCUGUUAAAAUUGAUAAUAUUUUCGGCCUUAGCAGCUGCCGCAACUUCGAGCCCAAGUGCGCCAGCAAAAAGUGCACUUAUUCGCCCCUGCCGUCUUAAUGAUUACCGGUGCAUAGGUGACAACCUCGCGGCCAAUUCCAAAUGCUACAAAAAGGUUGCGGGUUCGAUUCAAUCGAGAUACGUACUAAGGGACUUCCGUUUCGAGGCACCGUAUUUCAAUAGCAGCUACGUCGAAGACACAGUCGUUGUGAAGAAUCAUAACUUGUGCUACGUUUCCGAGUUCUUCGUUAAUCAGAAAGCGGACACCAUGGUUCUCUCCGUGGACUGCCCUUACUUCGUCAUCGAGACUAACUCCACUGUUAUCCGGCAUAAUUCGCUAAUGGAAGACCAAACCUACAGAUUCUACAACAAAGCAACUUACCCUCUAAUUCGUCUGACUGCGAACCUGAAACACGCUGACAAACUCGACAUCUGCUCAGCAUUCGUUUUCACUGAUGUGGCCACGUUGCCCAUCAUCGACGUGGCCCCACUAGAUACGCCAACCGCCAACUUCCUCUCCACAGAUCUUACACUCCUCAAUAUCUUCGAAAGGGAGGCCUUCCUCUAUAGAGGGUUCCCGAUGUUCCGGUAUUUCGUUAAUUCUUACAUUUGCAACUUCGGUUGCAACUCAUAAUUAACAACAAGAAUAGGUAUAAGGGAAAAUAAGGUUGCUAUUGAACAACCAUUGACUAUCGUACAUGUUGGCCGACGAUAACACGCAAUUGAGCCAACACUGUAAAGUGAAUGGCUCGCUUUUAUAAAACAUCUCCUGUAUUUUUUUCCUUAACAUGUAAUACUUCAGAUUUGUA